GUGUUCUUAUUAACACGCACACAUGUAAACAAAUCUUGUAAUCGGGAAAGGUGGGCAAGUUUCCGUUAUGGUCGCACGAGCGGUCCGCUAGGAAAACGCGACGUCGUCAUUUAAAAUGGCGCCAAAGGUUUACCUCAGCCCGUGUUGUAAACAUCCCACUCUCUACUGCUGGUUAGCCACACUGAAAACCAACUUGUGUUUACAUGUUAAUUAAUAUUUCUUAUCCAGAGAUGUAUAUUGAACUUGUGUAAGAUUUAUGCAUUAAUAUCUGACCCCUAACUUUUGACUGAUUGCGGCAGUGGCUGAUUUAAUAAGGGACACAGCGUCUGCAAUGGCUACCAACUAGCUCCGAAGUUGCUAACCCCAGGCAUAUUUGUUUUGCUUUGAGUUUUUUUCCCCUAGAGUGAAGUUGUGUGACGUGAACUGUGUUAUACCGGUUCUUGUUGUGUCUCGAUACUGCAAGCGAAAGUAGUUAUCUGAUGAUUACGCCAUUAAGGCGCCGGGUAUGUGUUGGCCUGGACGAUGCACACAGCAGCAGCUAUCGGGCUAGCAGCGUUCGAUAGCUGCAAUCACCGUGAGAUCUUUCAAAUUCAGAACAAUUUUGGGUCUUUUGGAAUUUUUCAUCAUUAUCUAACGGAACACACAGCCGCUUUCUGGAUUCCGCUGUAGUUUUUUUUUCUCAGCGUCACUUUUUGCUGCACCAACACGGGCGUCACGGACACGGGUGUUUAGAAUCUACUGGUAGUUAGGUUAUCUGGUGAGAUUUGCCGAUUCGCUACGUGAUCAGCGCAGCAUUUAAUGAACCGUUUUCAAGUCCUCAUGUCUAAGCUUUGCAGACAAAACACAAUGAAGAGAAGCAGACACCCCAGCAGCAGUGAUGACUCCGACAACGAAAGUAACUCCACCUGCUGGUCCCAGCAUUCGUCCCAGCACAGGAGGGGGACCGGGCAGAAACCCUCAGAGGUUUUUAGAACGGACCUGAUCACGGCCAUGAAAGUGCACGACUCGUACCAGCUGAACACAGAGGACUACUAUGUCCUCGCUGAUCCGUGGAGACAAGAGUGGGAGAAGGGCGUCCAGGUCCCAGUCAGCCCCCAGUCCAUCCCACAGCCUGUUGCCAGAGUUCUGUCAGCGAAAGGGAAGGAGGUGAUGUUCACCAGGCCGAAGAAGUUGAUCCGGACAUCUGGCAGCGAGGCGCUGGGCUACGUGGACAUCCGGACGCUGGCAGAAGGGAUGUGCCGCUACGACCUGAACGAGGAAGACGUGGCUUGGCUGCAGAUCAUAAAUGAGGAGUUCACAGAGAUGGCCAUGCCACUGCUGGAUGAGCUCACGAUGGAGCGAGUGAUGGAGGAGUUUGAGCGCUGCUGUCAUGAAAACAUGACACACACGAUGGAGACGGAGGAGGGGUUGGGCAUCGAGUACGACGAGGACGUGGUGUGUGACGUCUGCCAGUCCCCUGAUGGAGAGGACAACAACGAGAUGGUCUUCUGCGACAAGUGUAACAUCUGUGUUCAUCAGGCGUGCUACGGGAUCCAGAAGGUUCCAACAGGCAGCUGGCUGUGUCGGAUCUGCGCUCUCGGCAUCCUCCCAAAGUGUCAGCUGUGUCCUAAGAAGGGCGGAGCCAUGAAGCCGACUCGAAGCGGAACCAAGUGGGUCCACGUCAGCUGUGCCUUGUGGAUCCCAGAGGUGAGCAUCGGGAGUCCAGAGAAAAUGGAGCCGAUCACCAACAUCUCCCACAUUCCCACCAACAGAUGGGCUCUGAUCUGCUGCUUGUGCAAAGAGAAGACCGGCGCCUGCAUCCAGUGUUCUGCUAAAAACUGCCGGACUGCGUUCCAUGUGACAUGUGGCCUCCAAGCCAGCCUGGAGAUGAACACCAUCCUCACCGAGGAAGACGAGGUGAAGUUCAAGUCGUUCUGUCCCAAACACUCGGGGUUGGAAGGCCCUGAGCCCAGGAACGGAGAUCCAGGAGUUGAAGACGGGACCAGAGACAGAAGAGGAAGGACAUCCAGAGAAGAGGAGCUCAGCAGCCUCCAGCAGGAGAAGAGGGUCAACCUUCGCAAGCUGAAGGUCCAGGAGAUGGAGGAGGAGUUCUACCAGUUUGCAGGGGUGGAGGAGGUGGCCAGAAAUCUGAAGCUGUCUCUGGAGCUGGUGGACUUUCUUUACCAGUACUGGAAACUGAAACGUAAAGUCAACUUUAACCAGCCCUUUCUCAUGCCCAAGAAGGACGAAGAGGAGAGCCUGGCACGCCACGAGCACGAGGUGCUGCUGAGACGCCUUCAGCUCUUCACACACCUCCGCCAAGACCUGGAGAGGGUCCGGAACCUGACCUACAUGGUGACCCGGAGGGAGAAGAUAAAGCGGUCUUUGUGUAAAGUCCACGAGCAGAUUUUCCAGCACCAAGUCAAGCUGCUGGACCACGAGCUGCUGAACGGUGAUCCCUCAUCCAAGGAUCUGGAGAACCUGCUCUCUCUUGGAUGUUUAUCCUCUCAGGACUCCCUGUCCGGCUCCUCCGUGGGACACUCAGGACUGAAAGCCAAACGAGGUCUUCUGAAGCAGGAAAAACGGAAGAAAGACAGUAAAACCCCCUCAGACUCAUCGGACAUACUUAAGAAGGACAAUCAGAGUAAGCUGCUGGAGAUGAAGGACAGCAGAAGCUCCAGCGUCAAACCAUCUGGCCCUGCAGAACCCGCAGGUGAUGGAAAAGUCCAAAAGUCUGUCGCCAACCAGCAAACCUCCCUUCAGAAGUUUCAGAAGCCACACGUCCUUCUUGAAACUGUUGCCAUCAAGCUGCACAGACUCGAGAGCAAGAAGAGUCCGAGGCCGGACGUCCCGGCACCAGAACACAAAGUUCUGGUGAGACGGGAGGAGCAGCGGGAGGAGAGAGGGAAGAAGAACAAUGUCUCCGAAAGCUUCUGUCAGGUGAAGAACAAGCUGGGCUCCAAACAUCUGGAGAAGACCGUGUCCAUCAGGCUGAUCGACAUCAGGAACUCGGAUUUAGACAAACACUUCAUUAACAACGGAAUGACCAAAAGAAGUUCAGUUUGUGUGGACGUGACCUCGGACACUAAAGUUACCAGAAACAGCGUGGUUCCAGACGUCUCGGCUGUGUCCAGAACCAACAGCUGGCUCCGGAAAGCCCCCGACACGGCCAGCAGACCCGUGGCCCGGCACCUGAAGGGCUGGGGCAAGUUCAGGAUUCCCAAGAGGAGCGAGAAACCGCUGGGCGCCAUGUCAAAGGAGGAAGAACUUUUCAGACCGUUCACCAACCCGCCCGAGCCGUCUUACCCCAGAACACGACUCCGGACCGGCACUGAGAACGACGGGUUCAGCCCCACCUCCAGAGGGGGUGACGACGAGCUGGAGCCCUGCCUCAAACAGUGCCACUCCUACGAGCUGCGGGGCGACCCGACGCUAGGGCGCCAGUACGGCUCUGACAUCAUCCGCCGCGGCGUGCUGGCUUCCUGAUGACACCAGAACUCUUCCAGAACGAGCUGCACAGCGUCUGUCGGAAAAGAACGACAGACCCUCCGAGCAUCUUCACUUUCCUCCAGAAAGCCUCAAACAGCUGGAUUAAAACAGAGUCCGUAUUUAUUUUUGUAUCUUGUUUUCUGCUAGUUUUUAUUUAUUUUCCCUUCUAGAUUGAAAAAUGUCAAGUUGCCACCUGAAGCUCUCUGAGAUGUUCACUAGCGAGGAGCGGUCGUCGCCUGGGACCAUAAAUAAGCUGACGGCGUCAUUAAGUAUUAAUACGUCAGCUGCACUUACGUCAUUCAUCUGGACACAGUCUGGCUGAUUCUGUCCUUCAGCUUCCUGCGAAACAGGAAGUGAACUCCAUCGUAUCCAUCAUGUGCCUCACAGAUCUGAAGCAUUUGCACUAUGAGCGGGGGAGUGGGGGCACAGGUUUGAUGUAUGAGAGCAUAUUUUUACACAGAAACUAAGCAGGUGUUUUGUACUCGGACACUGAUCUACUGUUAUGCAAAAUUAAUUUUUGGAGGUUCUGCAGACAAAUAAAACUCUAAAACCAG